UAAACGGUACAUUUCUGAACUGUAUAUUUAGAAUGACCCAUCCUGAACACAUUUUAUUCCUCAUAUCACACCUCAGAGCGUUGCGGUUUAAACACGUGGCGAAUUGUCUCAAAAUCAUAUUGCUUGAAACUUAUGCAAUGCUGCCUCCUACAGGCUACUGGCCGCCAUAGACGCAGACGUAAAAUGCAUUGCGACAAUCUAACCACGUUGUUCGUUCACACACAACGCACUCUCUUUGUAUGCCCACACGGCUCACUGCAAUAACACACGGCUCAUUAGUGUACAGCCAUAAAAGUCGAAUAUAGCCGUUUUUAAAAGCAUACAUCCUGCUUGACUUUUAUUGAUUUUAAACUCUAAAAUAAACUAGUUUUUACACUUUAAAAUAAAAUACCGAUUCUUACAGCAUAUCGCAGUUAUUUCCAAAUAUGGUUUUCCAAGUAGCCCUACAUCAAUGUCUUGAAAUGACAUCACAUUUCAACAGUUUAUCUAGACUCUUCUUUCGAUUUAUGUAUUUUUUUCCAGCAUAUCAUAGCGUUCACCAUGUAGCAACUGAUUUGCGAUCUAAAAAAAAAAUUAACUGACAGCAAAGAUGAAGUUCAUUUGACCUUCCUCGACUUCGCCCACUGUGGUAUCAUUUCCCAAAAACUUACUGCAACUUAUAAAAUUGUUCUCUAACCUUCAUGAUAACGACAACUCCUGCCUUGAUCGUUUGGUUUGCUUUUCAUCAUGAGUAACAUCACCUCCUGCACUGAACCUCAGACCCUUGUUUCGUCAAUUUUAAAGUGCAUUCUCAUUGUGGAGUUCAUCUUUGGGUUGCCUGGAAAUGUCUUUGCUCUGUGGAUUUUGUUCUUCAAGUCUCCAUGGAAAGCCUGCAAUGUGUAUCUCUUCUGCAUGGUGAUAUCUGACCUCCUACUCUUCACUGGGCUGCCUUUCCGCAUAGAUUAUCUCUUUCGUGGUGAAGACUGGAUAUUUGGCGAAUCCUUUUGCCACCUCAUUUUAUAUAUCAUAUCAGUAAACCACUCAGCAAGCAUGGCUUUCAUGUCAAUUUUGGCCGUGGACCGAUUCCUCAGGAUUCUUCACCCACACCAUCGCAUUUGUCGAAUGAGUGCGAGACAAGCAAUAAUGUUGGUUAGCAUGGUUUGGAUGAGUGUUCUACUCUUUCGUCUUCCACUCGCCCUGAACCUGGUUCUCACACCACAGAAAAACUCGUCAAAGCUCAUAUGCCCUAGUUUUUUCUCAUGGACAUUGCCAUCGGUUCAAAUGAAGAUAUAUAAUUCAGUACAGCUGAUAGAGGUCCUGCUAGCAUUUGCACUGGUGGUCUUCUGUUUUGUGAGGGUUUUCUCUCACGUCCACAGUCGCCAGCGGCCUCACCGCAGGCUGAAGCGAGCAGUGAGAUUGCUUCUGCUUCUUGUGAUCAUGUUUGUUCUGUGUUUCUUGCCUACAGUCACUUUUGGCAUCUUCCUUCAAGUGUUUUCCUGUUCGGAAUUCCUCAUGGUGUGUUUUCAUGCCUCUUUAGCUUUAACCUACAUGAACAGUGCACUGGAUCCAGUGAUCUACUGCCACAUUAAUGCUUGGUACCGUGACACCCUGAAGGGCACAACCAACUCACUGGGGCUGACAAAGUUCCUGAUGAGUGCGAAAACGAACGGAAAACGUUGAUCUACCUGGUAAACUGUUGUUUCUUACAAUCAACAUGUUAGAGGAAAUUAAAAUGUGUGUCUUAAAGGUAUAGUUCAUUCAUUUACUCCUCCUCAUGUAUGACCUGUAUGACUUUAUUUCUUACACUAAAGAUAAUACUUUGAAGAAUGUUUCAACUUUUUUUCCCUGAAUAUCUUCCUUUGUGUUUUACAAAAGUCAUACAGGUUUGGCAAAACAUGAGGGUGAGAAAAUGAAAAUGAAUUUUUAUGUGAACUUUGCUUUUAACCUAACAGUGACCUAAUUAAUUAUUAUUUUGCACAAUAUGUUAUACUGUAUGCCUUUCUA